AGGCUGGCUCCCACUUAAGAAAUGCAGGGCUGGUGGGAGCGCUCCCCACCUGCUGAGAACGAAUCCUGGGUUACCUCUCUGCUGGCCCGGAGAAACCUGAACCGCCCCAGGCUUUUGAAGGGCUUUAUCUCCUCUUUCCAGGAACUGGGCUCAGUCCCUGUGCUCGCUCCGAGGUGCCACUGAGCAGCUGCUGCCCAGAGCCCAGGCGAGCCCUGGUCCCCCGUUUCCAGCUUGACCCAGCACAGGAGGGGAGUCGGGGCUGCGGACCUGCUCCCUCCUGCUCCCGGGUCCCCGUCUCACAAUUAGAAAACCCGUGCGGGGAGCAGGGCAAGAAUCACACUUAGCCGACAACGACUCGGGGUGGGGGGCGGGGAGGCAGGAAUUCCUACUUUCGCCAUAAAUUGUAUGCAAAUGGGUUCCUUCCCUGGCCGAGAGCCAGGAGUGAGUGAGUCUUUCCUGAGCUAACCCUGUUCCGCUGGGAGGGCUGUUCCUUUAAUUCGCCAGCUGAAAAAGUGGGAAAGGAUGUCUGGAGGCGAGGCGUCCCAUUACAGAGGAAGGAGCUCGCUAUAUAAGCCAGCCAAAGUUGGCUGCACCGGCCACAGCCUGCCUACUGUCACCCGCCUCUCCCGCGCGCAGACACACGCCCCCGCCUCCCGUGGGCACAAAGGCAGCGCGGCUGGGGGGCUCUAGGGGCCGCGCACCUGGGAACCGCCGCUGCUGCCCGCUCCAGGUACUUACUUCUUCCAAGGAUCUAGGUCUGUCUCCCAUCGGAAAGAAGAUAAUUCUUUCAAGAUCAGGGACAACUGAUUUGGAGUCUACUCUGUGCUUCUAAAUCUCAAAUUCUGCUGAGAGUGGGACACCCUGGAACACUAGAACCCCGGCAACGCCCAGCCAAACCCACCUCCACCAUGGGGGCCAUGACUCAGUUGUUGGCAGGUGUCUUUCUUGCUUUGCUUGCCCUCCCUACUGAAGGCGGGGUCCUCAAGAAAGUCAUCCGGCACAAGCGACAGAGUGGGGUGAAUGUCACCCUGCCAGAGGAGAACCAGCCAGUGGUGUUUAACCAUGUCUACAACAUCAAGCUGCCAGUGGGAUCUCAGUGUUCAGUGGAUCUGGAGUCACCCAGUGGGGAGAAAGACCUGACCCUACCUUCAGAGCCCAGUGAAAGCUUCCAGGAGCACACAGUGGAUGGGGAAAACCAGAUUGUCUUCACACAUCGCAUCAACAUUCCUCGCCGGGCCUGUGGCUGUGCCGCAGCCCCCGAUGUUAAGGAGCUGCUGAGCAGACUGGAGGAGCUGGAGAACCUGGUGUCUUCCCUGAGGGAGCAAUGUAGUGCAGGAGCUGGCUGCUGUCUCCAGCCCGCCACAGGCCGUGUGGACACCAGGCCCUUCUGCAGCGGUCGGGGAAAUUUUAGCACUGAAGGAUGUGGCUGUGUCUGCCAAUCUGGCUGGAAAGGCCCCAACUGCUCUGAGCCCGAAUGUCCAGGCAACUGUCACCUUCGAGGCCAGUGCAUUGAUGGGCAGUGCAUCUGUGAUGAGGGCUUCACGGGUGAGGACUGCAGCCAGCUGGCUUGCCCCAGCGACUGCAGUGACCAGGGCAGGUGUGUGAAUGGAGUCUGCAUCUGUUUCGAAGGCUACUCUGGGGCUGACUGCAGCCGGGAAGUCUGCCCGGUGCCUUGCAGUGAGGAGCAUGGCACGUGUGUAGAUGGCUGGUGUGUGUGCCACGAUGGCUUUGCAGGCGAUGACUGCAGCAAGCCUCUGUGUCUCAACAAUUGCUACAACCGUGGGCGAUGCGUGGAGAAUGAGUGCGUGUGCGAUGAGGGCUUCACGGGCGAGGACUGCAGUGAGCUCAUCUGUCCCAACGACUGCUUCGACCGGGGCCGCUGCAUCAAUGGCACCUGCUACUGCGAAGAAGGCUUCACAGGUGAAGACUGUGGGAAACUCACCUGCCCACAUGCCUGCCACGGCCACGGCCGGUGCGAGGAGGGGCAGUGUGUGUGUGAUGAGGGCUUUGCCGGUGUGGACUGCAGUGAGAAGAGGUGUCCAGCUGACUGUCAUAACCAUGGCCACUGUGUCGACGGGCGGUGUGAAUGUGAUGAUGGUUUCACGGGAGCUGACUGCGGGGAGCUCAAGUGUCCCAAUGGCUGCAGUGGCCAUGGCCGCUGUGUCAAUGGGCAGUGCGUGUGUGAUGAGGGCUAUACUGGGGAGGACUGCAGCCAGCUGCGGUGCCCCAAUGACUGUCACAGUCGGGGCCGCUGUGUCCAGGGAAAAUGUGUAUGUGAGCAAGGCUUCAAGGGCUAUGACUGCAGUGACAUGAGCUGCCCCAAUGACUGUCACCAGCACGGCCGCUGUGUGAAUGGCAUGUGCGUCUGUGAUGACAGCUACACAGGGGAAGACUGCCGGGAUCGCCGAUGCCCCAGGGACUGCAGCAACAGGGGCCGCUGUGUGGAUGGACAGUGCGUCUGUGAGGACGGCUUCUCCGGCCCUGACUGUGCAGAACGCUCCUGUCCGAAUGACUGCCAUGGCCAGGGUCGCUGUGUGAACGGACAGUGCGUGUGCCAUGAAGGAUUCACGGGCAAAGAUUGCAAGGAGCAAAGAUGUCCCAGUGACUGUCAUGGCCACGGCCGCUGUGAGGAUGGCCAGUGCCUCUGCCAUGAGGGCUUCACAGGCCUGGAUUGUGGCCAGCGCUCUUGCCCCAGGGACUGCAGCAACUUGGGGCAGUGCGUCUCAGGCCGCUGCAUCUGCAAUGAGGGCUACACCGGAGAAGACUGCUCAGAGGUGUCUCCUCCCAAAGACCUCAUCGUGACAGAAGUGACGGAAGAGACGGUCAACCUGGCCUGGGACAAUGAGAUGCGGGUCACGGAGUACCUUGUCGUGUACACGCCCACCCACGAGGGCGGCCUGGAAAUGCAGUUCCGUGUGCCCGGGGACCAGACGUCCACCAUCAUCCGGGAGCUGGAGCCUGGUGUGGAGUACUUUAUCCGGGUAUUCGCCAUCCUGGAGAACAAGAAGAGCAUUCCCGUCAGUGCCAGGGUGGCCACGUACUUGCCUGCACCUGAAGGCCUGAAAUUCAAGUCCAUCAAGGAGACAUCUGUGGAAGUGGAGUGGGAUCCUCUAGACAUUGCUUUUGAAACCUGGGAGAUCAUCUUCCGGAAUAUGAAUAAAGAAGAUGAGGGAGAGAUCACCAAAAGCCUGAGGAGGCCAGAGACCUCUUACCGGCAAACCGGUCUAGCUCCUGGGCAAGAGUAUGAGAUAUCUCUGCACAUAGUGAAAAACAACACCCGGGGCCCUGGCCUUAAGAAGGUGACCACCACACGCUUGGAUGCCCCCAGCCAGAUCGAGGUGAAAGAUGUCACAGACACCACUGCUUUGAUCACCUGGUUCAAGCCCCUGGCUGAGGUCGACGGCAUCGAGCUGACCUACGGCAUCAAAGAUGCGCCAGGCGACCGUACCACCAUCGAUCUCACAGAGGACGAGAACCAGUACUCCAUCGGGAACCUGAAGCCUGACACUGAGUACGAGGUGUCCCUCGUCUCCCGCAGAGGUGACAUGUCGAGCAACCCAGCCAAAGAGACCUUCACAACAGGCCUCGAUGCUCCCAGGAAUCUUCGACGAGUUUCCCAUACAGAUAACAGCAUCACCCUGGAAUGGAGGAAUGGCAAGGCAGCUAUUGACAGUUACAGAAUUAAGUAUGCACCCAUCUCCGGAGGGGACCAUGCUGAGGUUGAUGUCCCAAAGAGCCAACAAGCCACGACCAAAACAACACUCACUGGUCUGAGGCCAGGAACUGAAUAUGGGAUUGGAGUUUCUGCUGUGAAGGAAGACAAGGAGAGCAAUCCAGCAACCAUCAACGCAGCCACAGAGUUGGAUGCACCCAAGGACCUUCGGGUUUCUGAAACCGCAGAGACCAGCCUGACCCUGCUCUGGAGGACACCGUUGGCCAAGUUUGACCGCUACCGCCUCAAUUACAGCCUCCCCACAGGCCAGCGGGUGGAGGUGCAGCUGCCAAGAAACACCACCUCCUAUGUCCUGAGAGGCCUAGGCCCAGGACAGGAAUACAACAUCCUCCUGACAGCCGAGAAGGGCAGGCACAAGAGCAAGCCUGCACGCCUGAAGGCAUCCACUGGUGAGUCUGCCCUGAGCUUCCUCCAAACUCUAGGUUGAUUCUGGGGUUGUCAGAUCUGUUCAGCCAGGUUGUCCUCACAUGAGCAAGCCAUAUG